CAUCAAACACAGACAUCAUGGCGGACGUGUUGGACCUUCAUGAAGCGGGAGGCGAGGACUUUCCUAUGGAUGAGGAUGGCGAUGAGAGCAUCCACAAGCUGAAGGAGAAGGCCAAGAAGAGGAAAGGACGAGGCUUUGGCUCAGAGGAAGGAGCCAGGUCCAGAACCAAGGAGGACUACGAUACAGUGGAACAAGACGGGGAUGAGCCAGGACCUCAGAGAUCUGUGGAGGGAUGGAUCCUGUUUGUGACAGGAGUACACGAGGAGGCCACAGAGGAAGACAUCCACGACAAGUUCUCAGAGUUUGGAGAAAUCAAGAACCUGCAUCUCAACCUGGAUCGUAGAACGGGCUACCUCAAGGGCUACGCACUGGUGGAGUAUGAGACGUACAAAGAGGCCCAGGCAGCCAUGGAAGGGCUCAACGGUCAGGACCUGAUGGGCCAGCCCAUUAGCGUGGACUGGGGGUUUGUCAGAGGGCCCCCCAAGAACAAGAGAAGGGCUGGCGGGCGGAGACGCAGCAGAAGUCCAGACAGGAGGCGGCGCUGAGUGGAGGAGGUGUCUGUCACUUUGACUGGCAGUUCACCAUCUUCUCAUCUUCUCUGAAGAAGCUUAUUUCUGAAUUUUUGUACCAUAUUUUUGAGUAACAGUUGUACGGCACCUGCAUGUAAGAUCGCAAAUAGUAAGAUAAGGAAUAACUAAAGCAAAUGUGGCUCAACAGCAGCCUGUGCAGUUAUUUCCAUCUUGCCUGUGCUGCUUUGCAGAGCAGGAGGAAGACGUUUGAUGUGUUAGUGAAGCUGUGUUUAGUUCCAGCUGUUUGUAGUACAUGUUUGUGCUUCUCACAAUUCCUUCAAAAUGUUGUUUUCUCAACGUUACGUGCAUUUUAUUCUGCUCGAGUAUUUUGUUUUAUAUGACUUGGGGAAAAUUAAACUUUUAAAAGGUGAA